CUCAGUUGUAAGCAAGACUUGGGAAUAGAAACAUCAACACAAUGGCUGGUCUGAAAAUCUUCACCUUUUGCUCAGCGCUACUGGUGACGCUCGCCGCAACCAACACGGUGGCCACACCUGUCCUGCCUGCAGGAGUUACCGCAGCAGAAUGCCCUAAUUUCCCAUUCUUUAAUUGCUCGCCUUUACUAAAAGCGGUUGUACCUGAAUCUCUUGCACCGGCACCUGCAGUUCCUUCUCCCAACGCUCCGCCCCAACAACCUGCCAACCCCGCCGGAGUCCGUUGCUUCAACUUCCCUUUCUUCCCGUGCAGUCCAUGAGAUUAAAUAAAUUUGGUUUUGAAUGUCAAUCUAAGUAGUGAUAUAUAAUUCACUGGGUAGUUUAUCUCACUUGCCUUAGGUUUUUUGUUCUUUUACGCUACUGGUAAAUGAAAGCUCUAGAGUCUAGAAUGAUCAUAUACAACUUACAAGCCUACUCAAGCUUACCUAGCUAGAACGUCUUCAAGUUGAAAGCAUCUUAGUACCUACCGAACCAAUCCUACCAACUGCUCCAACUGAAGGGCUAAAUUUUCAGCACAAUUAAGUAAAUAUAUCAUUAAUCCUAGGUUAC